AACGUGAUUUUGAUUCGUGAUUUUAAAAAAAAUAAUGUGGGGGUUAGGAAUACAUUAAUUUUGAAUACAGUGUUAUGUGCUUAUGUGUGAAUUAUGGUGGCCAUGAUUGAGGUAGCGGAACGACCGAAUAACAACUUUUUCAGAUCAUUCCUGCCUGCAGUCAACUCACCUCCGGUGCCGCACCGAGACAUCUCGGGGGCUUCCACGGCGGCCUACCGCCCCUACAACGGCGACCAUGGCGCCCCACAGAACCAAGUCAUCAGAGCUCAGCCGGCCGACCCAGAACGGAAGAAAGACAAGAAGUGGUCCAUCGGGAAGCUCUUCAGGCGAAAAAAGAAGGAUGAGGAAAGCGGAUCUUCAUCAGAAAGCGAAGAGGGCGGCACUUUGCGCUCCACGUCUAAGAGGAAAUCUAAUAAAAAGAAGAAAAGGACACCUGCAGUCAACAACUUCGACCAUAUAGUUAUAAGAGAAACCAGGCGGGCCCAGAGCUUAGCUAAACCUGUCGGUCGUGAUUUCACUGACGAUGGAGUGCUUUCCGACCCAUCCGCUGGCUUUAUAAACUACAGGCCUAAAACCAGAGAAGUUCAAGCGUCAAAGGAGUCGCUGAGCUUAAGGGAUGACGUUUCUACCAGGUCCGGAAGAGUCAGUCUAGAACCUACUAUGAGAAAGACGAGGAAGGGCCGUCUAAAAGCCCGAGUUGAAGCGUUGCGGAACAGCAUGAGAGGGGAAUCGAGCAGCGACGAAGAAUCGUUGAAGUCGUCGAAUUCAUCUUCAAUGGUCCGAUUCAGGAGCGACGACUCAUUGAUGCGUUCUCGUGACAGUUCGCUGAGUAAGAGGUCACGAAGCGCUCGAAACGAACGCUACAUCAAAAGACUCUCGAGAGACGAGGAGAACCAGCUGAACAAGGAAGCCGAACUGCUGCAGCAGGGAUACACGAAAGCUGAAGUGGAAAUGCUUACACGAACCCCCACAAGCCAAAGCAGUGGUUACGGCACCUGCAAACGAGAACAAAAUAAACAAAAACCUGAACUUGGCAAUGAUUUAACCCGACGGCCAAUCAAAUCCGAGUCGAUAUCUUCAUUUCCAUCAACUCAAAGUUACCCUUCAACUAUUAAUUUUAAUGCCAAAAUUAACAACGAACAUAUUAACUAUUCCAUACCGUUUCAAGGUAACUUUGUCAAAGAACCGCUUUACGCUAAUAAUAACAGGGAAAAAUCUAUGCCGCGUCCGGAUGAAAACACAGAUAAAGUCAUGUACGUCAAGUUCCCUCUAGGAAAUGUUACUAAUAUUAAAAGGGAAGAGCGAGCUCCACCAGUGCCACCCCCUCGAGAUAUGCAUAGAAAAGUCGCAACCCCUGUAUCGAUGUAUUAUGAAAACCAUUCAGUAGUAUCCGAUAGGAUGGGCAGCAACCAAAACAUUACGCAUGGCGUACCUAACAACGACUUCGAACGAGUAAUGAGGCGGAGUCAAGAGAGAACGAAUAAUCAUGGGCCUAAUGGACUACGUCGACCGAUUUCGAACUCUGAAGAUCACCUUGCUAUACAAAACAACGAAUACUUACAACAUCUAUAUCAGAAAACUGAGCAGCCAAGAAGGCCAGCAUCAGUUUCCGCUGAACCUAAUCACUAUGGAAUUUAUGCUUUCACACCACCAUGGAGAAAUAAAAUCGAACAACCCAAUGUAGUUAAACCCGAACCAGUCCAAUCCAGGAAUGAUUUCCUCUACUAUGCUGACCACAGUCCCAGAUCUCGUAGACCUAUAAGCAUAAAAACUAGUCAAAACGGCUACGAAAAUCAAUACCUUAGUGAUUCACAAACAUCAGUUAACGUCGCUGAGAGUGUUUAUCGUAGACCGAGAAACGCUUCUGAAUUUUGGAAGAAAUUAGACGAUGCCGAAAGGCAGAAGAAACAACAGAACAUCUAUGCCAACUCUAGAAGCAACAGUGAGCAUGUCAGGAAUACACCACGAAUGCACCAUUAUUCAGAGGGAAGUAAUAGUAUACCGAGUCAUACAGAGAAUAUUGACAUGCAAAAUAAGAAUAGGGCAACAAGCGUUGAUCAGUCACGAGAUGUUAUAGAUGGUUCCAAAAUGUGGAAAGCAACGACCGAGUAUAAGAGGUCGAUCACCGUUGAACCGCCUAAAGUGGUCACUUCCCCGACAUCUAAAACACACGUUCGUCAUAAAUCUGACACCUUUGUAACUAACAGCUAUCAAAUACCUUCAGACGAGGAUAAGAGCUCAGAACGACGCAAAUCAACGAACCUCGAUGACGCUCUCAACGAACUUGAGGCAAUUUACAAUAGCUUAGGAUUAGGAGACGAAGACCUGCUAGACAGGGCUGAAAGACGAGAGUCAAUGACUCCGAAAUACAAUGAUCACUUCAAUGACUGGAAUGGAAACGAUGACGAGGUCCAGUUGAGAAGUCAACCAUCAACGCCGCUUCGGCGGAUAUCAAGGAGAUCAACACUGCCCGAUAAAUUACAAGACGAUAUGGCAUUCCGUAGAAUGAAUUCCUUCUCAAAAGAAAAACCAAAUUUGAAGGAUGCACAAGCACAGAUCAGUUACAUGCUUGCUUCACCGGUGUACGUACCUUAUGCUUCAGAUGACGAAAGAUAUUCGGGGCGGGACGAACCAGAUAUUGUCCAUGACGAUGUUGUUUACAGAAAUAUAAAACAAACUAACAACCGUUUGAAAACUCUUGAACCCCAACCACCUUUUGGUAUUCCUCUAGGACCAGUAUCUCCUGCUCCUCAAAGUGACUAUCUACACGCGACACCUGAAAGUAAGGGACGCUCGCGCUUUAUUCCUAGAAGAUCACCGGAUCUUGUAUCAGAUGAUUUAGCAUACAGAAGUUUAAGAAAAGAUGCUAGACAUUCAUCGUUGUUUAACGGAGAGGAUUAUGGUCACAUAAAUAACAAUCACAAUUACAACGAGUAUCCUUACAAUAAAGAUUCUGCAGCUAAUCUUAAAAAGAAACGAGCAGUUAGGUCUCUUUCAGCUAACAUUUUUACUAUGAUUCAAAAAGAAAUCGACGACGCGCUUAAUAUGAGCAAAGUGGCAACGUUGCAAAAAACUCAUAGCAACAGUGAUGUCAUGAGGCGCUUGCGGGACACUUUCGAAAACAACGACAACGAGCCAGAGCACUAUCCUCGAAAUAAGGUAAAGCAAAGGCAUAAUACUGUUGGUCUCUUCGUCAAUAACUCGCACUCGCAAAAUCAUCAUUUCGCAAAAGACGAUUCAUGCAUUCAUAGUGACGAUAAAUACCUCCCCAAACCUGCAUCUUGUGAUAAGUCCAAAAGUUCAUCCCCAUCAAAUCGAUCACCACAAGCAUCUAAGCGGUCAUCUAAAGACGAAUUUCAACAGGUCCUCACUAUGCUCGCACAAGAAGCAAUGGACACUAGUAAUAAGUUAGGUGUAGCUUUAGCUGAACUAGAUAAAAAUAGGAAUAAUAACACGGAGAAAAGACCUGAUAUAAAUACCAGGAUAUCAGACAGUAGGUCACAUUUCUUGAACGGCCUAACCAGUGACUCUUAUGAUAAUUCUCAACCAGAAAUAAAAUUAGUCAACGUACACUCUGAGGUUGUGAGUGAACCCACUAAUAGGCUUGUGAAGUCAGAUAACGAACAAACUAAAGGCCAAAAAACUGAAGUCAGCCUUCUUGCAAUAUCAAAUCAGUUACACAGAGUAGAAGAUCAACUUAAGCAUAGCCAUGAGAAAGAGUUGAAUUUUGAUGACGAAAGUUUAAGGCUUUCAAGUUAUAUCGAUAAAACCGAAGAGCCGUUAAAAGCCCAAGAAACCACAGUUAUGACUCCAGAGAAAAAGCUGGUACCAGAUGUUUUUCCAUUAACAGUGCAGAAUGACUCUAUUAAAGUUGAAUUAAAGAAUCAGAACGAUUUUGAUUAUAAUAAUGAGCGAAAAUUAUCUCCACCUAAAAUGAAAUCGACCAAUCCUUUCUUGAAUUCAGAUGAAAAAUUACAAGAAAUUAAUGAAAUAAAUGCCUUCAAGGAAUUGAAAGACGGCAUUUCUGAUUUGAUUGCUGGAAUAUCGCAAGUAAAUGACAAGUUAUUUGUUCCUAAAUUACCAAAAGAUGACGAUAGCAAUAAACCCAAAGUAACGGGUAUAACUGAGGCUAGUAAGCAAUUGAGCCAAGUGACUCAAGAAGUGCCAAAACCAGUACCUAAUAGAGCAUCUGUUAAUUUAUCCAUUUACGAAGACGAUUUAGAAGUAAAGAAAGAUGCCGCCGAUUCUGCUGAAUACAAUUCAUCCGAAGAGUUGGCGACAAUAUUCAAUUUAGAUGGCAAUCUAAAACUGCAUAGUGUUGAUCAGAAAGAACCUGAGAAAGUGAGAGAUGAGCUAAGCUCACCAAAACUAGUUCAGACUAUGAAUCAGCAAUUAGGGCGGUUGUCCGUAGAUCGGAUAGACGAGCCAGCGAGCCAAGACCUGCCAACUAACGUAGUACCGUGGCGAGCAAAGAGGGAAAACAAUUCACAAAGCGAAUCACGAGGUGAAAACUGAUGCCUGCAAGAACUCUGCCAACUGCUUACGUAUAAGAUAAUAUAGACUCCUUUGGCACAUAUAGUUUGUAAGACACACGAGAUUCCGUACCAAAAUGUAAAGUCUAAUUUUAAUUGUUUGUUACCUUAACAUUUUGUAUUGUAUUGAAGCUUAUGUUGUACAGAUUGACGAGUAUAGGAGAUAUCGCUGCUUAUAUUGCAAAGAAAAAUGUGUAUUAUAUUGAUGUAUUUGGUGUAACUUGACAGAGUCUGAAGAUGCUAAAGUUAUACACUUAAUUUUGAAAUGAAUAAUUUAAAUUUUUUUAUUGAUUUUAUUCUACCCUUUUUUGAACUAACAUGUAAAAUUAUUUGAGAAUUGUCCCUUUCAAAUGGAAAAUGGACCUGUAACCUACAGAUUCCUACUAUAGUUCGUUUUAGCAUUAGAAAUAAGGUAAACAAUCUUGAUGUGUCUUUUAAGUGAAAAACACAUUUUAAAAAUAAGUUACGGCAAAUAUGUAACAAUUAUGAAUCUAAUACGAUCAUUUAUAUUCUUCUGCUUUCAUAAGUAAUAGUUACUGAUUUUUAAAAAGCGUUUUUCAAUUAAAAGACAUGUCAAGAUCGCUUACCUUCUUUCAAGUUCUUUCUAAUGCUAAAAAAACGAACUAUAAUGACUGCCCUUAGCAUUGAUACUUACCUAUCAUUUAUUAAACGAUAUCCCCACAUUAUAUUAUUAAUUAAAUUAUUCUAGUUUAAAUGUCACUGCAUUAAUUUCUCGUGAUAUGGGUACGGAGAUCUCGCCACAGUCCGACUAGCACUUCGGUAUAUCAUUAAUUCAGUAAAGUUAUGACUGUAAGAGGUAAAUAAAUAAUAAACACUUCUAUGCGGCUACCACCAGUACGGCUACCAUCAGUUUGGCAUUGACAUAAACGAUAUCGUGAACGUAAUUUACUUUCUAUAUAUCUCUUUCGCACUAAUAUGUCAGUACGAGCGAGAUGCAUAGAAAGUAAAUUACGUUCACGGUAGCGUUUAUGUCAAUGCCAAACUGAUGGUAGCCGUACACUUUGGCACUGACAUUUAAAGGCUAGCGUGAACGUAACUAAUUUUCUAUGCAUCUCGCUCGUACCGACAUUAGUGCGAGUGAGAUGUAUAGAAAGUAUAUUACGUAGACGUUGUGGCGUAUAUGUCAGUGCUGAGUGUGUUUGUGUUGACAAUGUCAGUGACUCAUGUUACCUACGGGUACUUGGUAAAAAAAUAUGUACUUUCACAUUAACGAUGCGUUAAUCUAUAAAAUAUUAAAUUAUAUUGUACCUACAUACUUUGAUUUUUGAUUACGGCUUAUUUUGGUGUUAAAAGUGUAAAUCAAAACGUUCUGACAAUCUGAGUGGGACCUUGGACUGGUUGACCAACGCCAUCUAUGGGACAGUAAUAUAUACUACUAGUAUGGAGUAUGGACAUUGACAGUAUUUAUUAUUUAUUUGUCUCUUUAAAUACACACCAUAAUGUCGAUGUUUUGAAAUUAUUUCUGUAAUCUAUCCCAUUAAGUGACAUUUUAAUCUAUCUUUGUAUGUAGAGGCUUCCAGUUAUUUUUAAGAAGAGCGUUAUUUAUAUGAGAGAGUUAUAAGUUGAAUAAAAGUUUCAGUUUUAUUA